UCGCCGCGCGGCGAGGCGGGUGCGGGCGGCCGCACUCCGCUCCGCUUCGCUUUGUCGCGCCCCGUGACGUCACUGCGCGAUGCGUUCGUGUACGUACGUACACCGCGGGGCAACACUGAGGCGACGAGAAAGCGCUGCCCUCGUCCUCGCGAGCUUCCAGGAAACGUCAUCUCGCGCGCAUCUUCCACUUGGAUCGCCCGGCGCGGUUUUGCAUGUACCUCGCCAAGAAUCGUCGCGCCUCUUUUCUACACCGAGAAAAAGAUACGCUCUGGUUGUAUCGACGAGACACGUGCGAUGGAAUGUAUUUCGAAAGGCUGAGAGCUUCAAGAAUACUUUGCGAAUUCGCUGUGCUAUCUGGGAAGAAACGGGACUAACAGUGGAUCAGACUGCGGUUGAGUUGGCCGCUAGUCGGCCCGACCAGCGGAGCUGCUCGGGCAUUUUCUAAAUAAUGACGCUACGCGGAAAAAGAUGGACGAAUCCGGAAUCUUCGUCGUCGGACUUCCCGUAGACGCAAGAGACGAGUGGUCCAGCGUCGUAGCUGCCGUCGAGAGGGACCCAGUGAGGAGUGGAUGAUAAAAAAAAUAUCCAUUUGAUGUCAAAAUGAUGAGAUCAAUCUGAAAACAAAUUUUUACAUCAAUUCGAUCAUCUGGUUAUCGCAGUUUUCAUCUUUUAUCGAUAUUUUGUCCAUAAUGAUAAUUUUUCGAUUGCUCUACUACACCCACAGAAAAAAUUUUCGGAUCCAAUGCUAUCACGCUUGAAUGUAUCAUA